AUGGCUCCAGCAAAAGAGACGUCGGUUGAUCUGUGCAAGCGGGUCAAUGCACAGGGAAACACCAUUGCCAUCCGCAUGCUCGAAUAUCUGAGCACUGCAAAGGCACCUAUUCAUGGCUUCGAGCCACUCGCCAGAGAGUUCAUUGAGCUCUGCCAAGUAUUAUGGUCCAUCGAAGCUGGAGUUACGGAAGCGUCCAAGACACGGAGUGGAUUCCCAGUCGAGGUAUCUCAAGAACUUGACAGGAGGGUCCGUCAGGUUAAUGAAGAGUUCUCUGUUCUAGCCCAAAUGGUUAACAAAUUUGUCGACAAAGAGAACCACAAAGGCGGAUUCGGUAUGAAGUUCCGAAUGAUGUUCGCCGAUACAGACGUUGAAAAGAUGCGCCACACACUUUCACGGAGCCGUGACUCCCUCAAAGUCAGCUCUGCCAUGUUCAGGUGGACACUUGGCGAUGCACGAGCUGAUGCCUCCAUGGGUAUUGGAUACGCCGGACUGAUUGCUGCAUUGGAGCGAUUGAACCCAAGCAAAGCCUCCAGCCUUCCGCCUCUACACCCAGCGCCGACAUCUGAUCUUCCACCAACACCUCCAACGAAGGCUCCAAGCCAUCAUGGAGAUCACCCACUCUUGCCACCUUCACAUGCUUCGCACCGUAUGGACAGACCCUCCCUGAACGAACUUCGCCAUGAGGAGGGCCACUCAUAUGACAGUCACAGUUCACAUUUCAGACAUGAGGACACUGGUCUAUCAGCCGGAAUUGUAGAUCUACACAAAAACUGGCGCGCGCCAGCCAGUGCGCGUUCAAGCGAAUCAACAAGGGAUACGAUGUACCAUCAGAAUAUUCGGCAUGAGGAUCCUGUGUACGAGGACUAUGCUUCGCACUCCAGCACUCGGUCACCCACAAUGGAAGAAAAACUACAUGGUCUCAGCGUCAGCGAGCGCUAUAUGGACGACCAUCACUCUUCGUCUAAAGUCGACUCUGCCAUCACAUCGCCGCACUGGGCACCUCGCCAGAGUGGAGGCUCAAAGAAUGUUGGUGGUAAGGCAGCACUAUUCAAUGCUGUUGAGCAGAGGAGACAUCGCAUGCUAGAGCAGCUUCUAGACGGUGGAGCUAAGGCCGAACCUCACAUGGAGUCCGCGAUGCUUCGCGUCGCUGCACAGAAUCAGGACGCGGAAAGUAUCAUGCUACUUCUUCGAUAUGGCGCAGAUGCUAACGGUUUCGACCGUGAGGGUAUUACUCCCUUGUUUGCGACAACUCGUUCUCAGUGCCUUGAAAGCGCGAAGAUGCUCCUCAAGCACGGCGCAGAUCCUAAUCUGUCUGCCGGCCCUGAUUCCGAGUCACCUCUAUCACUGGCUGUGUCUCAGAAUGCUACUGAAUUCGUCCAGCUAUACCUCGCCAACGGUGGCGAUCCUGGUUUCGUCAUGGAGAACGGUUCUACAGCACUCGUCUCAGCUAUGAACAAGACUACCUCGCCCAAGUGUGUCGAGAUCCUCUUGAGCAAGGACGGUGAUGCCAAUGCGAAGAAUGGAGAAGGCACAACUGCUUUGUUCCAGGCUAUCCAGGCGAACCGUGUAGAUCUCAUGACGGUGUUGCUCGACCACGGAGCGAAUCCCAACCUUCCGGGUCCUAAGCAUCCACUCUGGCCAUCCACUUACAAGCCCAAGUGUCUUCAGUUGCUGCUAUCUCGCGGUGCUGACACCAAGAAGACACCCGGUGUCAUGGAAUUGGCUUCUAGUUUGAAGAAGCUGGACUCCAUCAAGAUCCUCAUGGAAGCUGGUGUAUCUCCUAACGUCCGGAAAGAUGGCGUCUACACACCACUUUGCUCGGCCAUUCGUGACAACAGCCCCGAGAUUGUCACGUAUCUGCUAGAGCAUGGUGCAGACCCAAACUUCAACGCAGCGGAAUACCCAGCUUUCAAGACUAUUACACACAAGCGCACACAUUUCCUACCGCAACUGGUUGCAGCUGGUGCAGACCUUAACAAGCCUAAAGGUAUCAUCGAAACCGCUGUCAAGUUCAACGACAAGGACGCGAUGAUCUACCUGCUCGACCAAGGCGUCAACCCCAACGAUCGAACACCGGACGGAUGCACACCGCUCACCACUGCUAUCAACGACGACCAUGGCGAGCUCGUCGAUAUCCUCCUUUCUCGUGGCGCGGACCCAGCUAUCCGUGGAAAAGACUGGCCUCUGUGCAUGGCCGUCAAGCGUCCCGCCAUCCUCAAGAAGCUCCUGGCUGCAACUCCCAAUCCGCGCGCUUUCCGCGGUGUCGUCGAGAUGGCUGUCGUAGCCAACCAACUUGAAAGCAUCAAGCUCCUCCUUGCAGCAGGCGUCAGCGUCGAAGACAAGAACUGUGGUGUCUUCUCUCCACUCACCACAGCCAUUCGCGAGGAGCGUAAGGUCAUUGUCCGCUACCUCCUCGAUGUAGCCAAUGCCGACCCCAACGCCCCCGGCGAGCAUCUUCCGAUUGUCAAGGCCCUUCGUCGCUACUCCGGCGACACAGAAAUCAUUCAGAUGCUGCUUACACGUGGCGCUGAUAUCAACAAGAUGCACCGCGGCUGGAACGCGAUUUUGCAAGCUGUCGAGAAUGGAGACGCCGAGAUCCUCAAGCUUCUCAUCGACAUGGGUGGCCCUCCUGACCUCCAAUUGCAGGACGAAGCCGGCCGGGCCGUCAUCGACAUUGUUACCGAGAGGGGCUGGGAAGAGGGCCUUGCACUUCUUUUUCCGAAUGCAACCACCCCUCCCAAGGCCAAUGUGUCAAAGGCCAGGUAG